AUGAAUGACCCCACUAUGUUGCAACAAAUGUCAAGCAACCCUAUGCUUUUAAACCGAGUUAUUGGUGCACAGAGUGGAGGUUUAAGAGCGGCACUUUUAGCGAAAAUGGCAGGCUAUGGUGGAGCUGCAGACGGAACAGCUUAUAACCCUCAAAGUCAAAUGAAUUUGAGUUCACUCAAAAAUCAAAUAACAGAUGUCAAAAAGUCAAACAUAGACAUACAGAAACAAAUAAGUGA